AUGGAGAAAGAGAACACUGUCUCUGUGAUGUCAUCUCAGAAUUGCCCCACAAUUCCCAAGGCGCUACGGGAAAUAGAAGAGGAGGAGGAAUUGGAAGAACUAAGUCAGGGUGUGAACAGAGCCAGGCAGGCAAAUCAUACAGUACUGAAAAAACAUUCUUUUUAUGAUGGUGGGCAAGAAAAAAAUGGGAUCCUACCAUGGAACACUGCAGAGGAGACAGGGGAAUGGUCAAGAAAAAAUGAGUCAGUGCAACAAAGUUUGGAGGGAAACCUUGAAACCAUAUUGCCAUUUUACCGUUCAGAAGCCUCCAACUUCUUUCUGCUGUUAAUUGAAGACAGUGUUGAGGACUUUGAUACUGAGCUCUCGCUUUUCAAUGAACUGUCAAACUCAAGUGACUUGGUUUCCUAUCCUCAAUAUUUACCAUAUUACAGAACACAUGAGGAAUUUUUUAUCAACCCUGUGUCACUGGACACAUUACUUAUCAGAGCAGACGUGGACGAAGGUGACAUAGGAAGAGAAAAAAGAGAAGGAAGUGGUGGCUGCAAAGUUAACAGUAUAAGAGAAGAUGAGACCCUGAGCAACUUAGUUAUUUCCACUGGAUAUUUUCCAUAUUAUAGAUCAUAUGAAGAGCACUUUGGCAGUCCAGUUUUACAUGAUGGCUUAAGCAUUACUGCACAGGGAAAAGAGACUAAUGGAGAGAGCAAUGAAAAAAGAGGAGAUGUCUGUGAGGUUGCUGUUGGAUGCAGUGAUAAAAGCAUCCCACAAAGUUAUAAAACAGAGAAGGAAGCAAUCUCGUCCAUGCCUAGUGUCAAGCCCUCUGGCUCCUUUCUAUUAACUGACAGCAUCACUGAAAACUGUGGUUCUGAGAUCUCGCUCCUCAAUGGACUAUCAAGGCUGAAUCAACCUUUUUCUCCCACUGGAUACUUUCCAUAUUACAGAACAUAUGGAGAACUCCUUAUCAGCCCAGCCUCACAUGAUGGGUUCUCUACCAGCUCUACUGAAGUUCGGGAUGAUGUUGGCUCUGAAACAGCAGGAAAAGGAAAAAGCAGGUGGGAUUUCAGUGGUAGCUGUGCAGUGUGCUGAAAACAAACGAUAAAUGCCUGCCAUCAGCAGCAGCAAGUGAUCCAAUUCAGGGCAGAAGUCCCAGGGGAAGUUCUUAAAAGCUCUGUCAAUGAUGCCAGCCCAGUGAAAAUCAACAUUAAUAAAAAAAAACCCCGAACUAUAGAUGAGAAACUAUUAUUUUUAAAGGUCUGUAGAGGAAACAGAGGGAGAGAAAUUGUAACUAACAUGCCUGUAUUUUGAGAAAUCAGAGGAAUUUGAUCAAGAACUAGGAAAUAUGGAGGAGGAGGAGGAAGAUUAAAGCUGUGCUCUCUCUGCUGCUAAUCCCAAAAUAACUGAAGAUCAACUCAGAACCUCAGAUUGCUGAGAAGAAAGUCUUGGGUCAGUUUGGGGGCAAGAUUUGAAUCUAAGAACUGUCAACCCACCAAUUAGAACAAACCUACAUUGCUACCAGUAGUUGAAACAGAAUUCCUCUCCCUCUGUCAAGCACUCAGUCCCUGGAAAACAGAGUGGUUAGAUAUUUACAAAGGAAAAGUGACAACUCAGCACCAAGGGAGAUGAAUGACCCAGUGGGUAUAGAACAAGCCUCCUGAGAAUCUCUAAUUACAAAAGAGGAAAUAGAGUGAAUCCACCAAUAGCACUUUGGAUUUCUCAGGUCAGUCAACGGCUCACUUGGAAGAUAUUGUUUCAAUUCUCAUCAAUGUACUGACCUACCACUUUCAUUGUGAUCUGGGCUUUCCGUGUUUAGUAUCCCUGUUCAAGGAGAGACUUUCAUUCACCUGAGCUUUCCCCUUUCCAGACCCAGUGGAGAUCUGGUAUGUUAUGGAUGUGACGUAUUUGAUCGUUGGUCAAGGUACUUGACACCCAACCAGUCAAUUUCAUGAGUGAUGUUAGCAGCAGCAAAAGAGACUAUGUUAAUAGUCAAUGCCAGGAGAAGAGUGGUAAGACAUGGGCCCACUGGAGAUGGUGAGAGGGAAAGAAUAAGCUUUUCAGCCAGGAUAUGUGGAGGAUUUCACUUGCACUAAGAGAAGAAACAUAAUUGCCAGUAAUAACAGUUAAAUAGACUUUCCCUGUCCGCCACUAGGAGCCUCUCCUUGUAUAAACAGCAUCUGUUAUGUUUUGUUCUCUUUCACUGACGCCACAUACAGAAGAAAGCAUUUUACACUAAAAUCUUUGUAAACAAAACUUCAUUUGAAUAUGUCAGUCAGUUUUGUAGCCUUGUUCACCUGCUUAAUCUGUCACAAAAUAAUUCUUGAUUACCCUAGAACAUGUAAGCACGGACAUCUAUACUAAAUUUUGAAUCUGGAAGAAAUAGAUGUGGUUCAGGUGAAGCUUCAUUGAUUUACAUCAGAUGAGGAUCUGGCCACAUGCAUCAUUUCCAUAUUUCUCUGCAAUCAUGAGUGUUGCAACAUAUAUUCAUCACUGCCAAAUAUAUCACCUCUUCUAGACUACUCACACA